CACCAUCACCCUCCGCUACUUUUCAUACCUAAUAUACCCCCUCUACCUCUGCUCAAUCCCGCAUCUACCCUUGCGUACAACCACACCAAAGCACGGACUCCAGAACCAAAAUAUAAAAAUCUCAAUUUAGACAAAAACCAUUUCAAAUCCGACACCCAUGUUUAAAACUCGUUCCAGGCACGCCUUCUUCUUACUGAACAGCUACAUAACUAACUGAUAAUCUUUUUGGUUUCCGGCCACGUGGAGUUUCCGGUAAUAGAUGGGGAUGUCUGACCGGAAUAAAAAUAACGGCGACCACAACAUGAAGCUGUUUAGGCUCUGUCCGUUCUGGCAAACAGCGACUAACUCUUCCUCUUCCUCUUCUACACAAAACCUUAACCACAGUCAUAAGGGCAGCAGCAACGGUGUCCGACACGUGGCUGUUAAUAGGAGCGGUUUGAAGUCCACAACGGUGUCCUCUGUUGCGCGAUCGCUUUUACCUGCUCCGCGAAGGCUCCGGCUUGAUCCUGCUAAUAAUCUCUACUUCCCUUAUGAACCCGGGAAACAAGUAAGAAGUGCGAUAAGGUUAAAGAACAGAAGCAAGUCUAAUGUUGCUUUUAAGUUUCAAACAACUGCACCGAAGAGCUGUUACAUGCGUCCACCCGGUGGCAUCCUUGCUCCAGGAGAGAGCCUUAUUGCGACGGUUUUCAAGUUUGUGGAGCAACCGGAGAACAAUGCAAAACAAAUGGACCAGAAGAGCAAUGUUAAAUUCAAGAUUGUGAGUUUGAAAGUGAAGGGAGGAAUAGAUUAUGUGCCUGAACUGUUUGAUGAACAAAAGGAUCAAGUAACAGUUGAGCGCAUAUUGCGGGUUGUGUUUUUAGAUGCAGAGCUUCCUAGUCCUGCAAUGGAGAAACUGAAGCUUCAGUUGGCUGAAGCAGAGGCUGCUCUUGAGGCACGCAAGAAACCUCCACCAGACACAGGGCCCCGUGUUGUGGGGGAAGGUCUCGUGAUAGAUGAAUGGAAAGAGCGGCGAGAAAAGUACCUGGCUCGACAACAUGUUGAAGCAGUAGAAUAGGUGUUAUAUGCGGUCCGAUCUUCGCUGUAAGUUGUAUUAAUUCAGCCCCUUGACUAAUGGGCAAGUGGAGGUGGGGUUGAGUCGGCAGGCAGGUGCCACCAAGAGGAGAAAAUCAUGUAGUUAUGCCGAUAUUUGUUUGAUGGAUGGUAUGGAGGUCAGGUCGGCGUGCUAGGGAUGGGCUUGCCCUCCCUCAACAUGUGUACAUAGGGGAUUUGUUUUGCAAUGGAAAUAAAUCAAUCUUAUUCGGUAUAAUUUAGGGGUGGGUUGCUC